AUGUUGACUCAACCUGCUGGCAGAGAUCACACGCUGAAGGAUUACUCGUCUUCAAAGAUGAUGAAGAUUAUACCAAGAUUCUCCACCACCUUAGUUGUUGGUUGGAUUGUUCUUUUCAUGGGUGUAAACUCUGUCAAUAUCUCUGCGGUGGAUUCUCCAGCUGAAAGCACAGAUGCCUCGACUCCACACUCUUUGACUUCAGUUAUCAUGGAUCUCAGAAUCACAAACCGUGUUUAUAAUCAUUCACUGGCUGACCAGCAAUCAGCAGAGUAUACAACACUCAAGCAAGAGGUGGAACAACUGUUUGCAGAUAUUUAUGAACGAUCAUAUGACACCACUCAUCUGAUAUAUUUGGGGACAGAUGAGAUGAUUUUCAGUAAUGGGUCUGUGAUCGUCACUUCUCGUCUGCUGUUUGGGCCGACUCAAGUCAAUCCAGAGCUUGUGAGAGGAAUCUUUUUUCCUGCGUACAAACAAAUACCAUCGCCGGCCCUAGAGAUCGAACUCAGCCACAUUGAAAAUGAACUACCUACUGAAGAACCUCUUGAGGAAGAGAUCUUCAGCAGACCACCAACGACAACGCAUAAAGAAAUAAACUUUACGACCAUGCCCUCCGUGACCAUGCCCCUCACUUCCACUCCUGACAACAUAAUGGACACUGAAUCCUUCACCAGCCGUCUUCCAUCCACACGCUCACCCAACAUGUCAACCUCCCACGCAUUGGGCUUCAGUGUUGUUGUAGGAAACAUCACAAACUCCAUCCACUUCACCACCUCCAUACCCUUUAACACCACCACAAUGCACCUAAACACCACAACCAGCUCACCGAUAGAUAAUACAAGUAUUUCUGCAGCACCCAACAGCACCACCAAUGCAGUAACCAAUGGGACAACCACAGAAGUCCCUAAUGGGACCACCACAGCAGCACCCAUUGGUACCAUCCCUACAGCUUCCAAUGGCACCACCACCACUGACACCAUCACUUCAGUCCCAAAUAGCACCACCACCACCACAGCCCCCAAUAACACCACCACUGCAGUCCCCCAAAGCACAUUUACCUCCAUCCACAGCACUGUUGGGAAACCAACAAUCAGCUCCACCAAGUUUACAACAGCACAGCCCUCAAGGACCACAACCAUGAACCAUUCACCUACUACAAAGGUCACUGUUUUGGUGCCUGGAUGGGCGGUUGCCCUCUUAGCACUGGCGGCUGUCAGCCUCUUCCUCCUCAUCAUCCUCAUCAUUCUGGUGGUGAUCUGGUGCUGUUGUCCGAAACGAAGAGUUUUCAUGAAUGAAGCUGAAGAGAUGAAUCCUCCCAUGUACUUCAAUCCAGACAUCCCUAUGUACUCAACACAAAGCACAUUUGAUACAUCCAACGGCAAACAAGCGAAUGUCAGAGAAAAACCUCCGAAAAACAAGACAGGAAUGUACGUGGUGAACCAAUGAAGGACACAGGUAUAGUAAAAAACACAUACGCAGCUGUGAGCAUGACACACUUCUGUAAAUAACCCAGCUCAAACUCACACUUUAACUCAAUCAUUCAGGUUUUCUGGCCCCCAACAUUGUCCCUCCUUCCAUGUGUGAAGAACGAGGCCUGAGGAAACCCUUGUUGGAUGUAAAACUGUCAUACAUCCGGUACUGUACUGCAGGAUGUUGAACGGACAGGGAAAUGAUUUUACAUGCCAUUACAUUGAUUUAGAAUUUAUUUUUCUACUAUAUACCUUUGCACAAAGUAAUUUGUAACUUUUAAAA